GCGAUGGGCGUGUGGUAUUGAGAAAGAAGGUCAGCUGAAGAGAUUGACGCCUAUUUUAGUUUAGAGAGAGUGUGUGAAAAAGAUCAGGGCGGGUGAACUCACAGGAGGGAAGAAGGUUGUGGAACUUGCUGUGCGGGCGAAGUGUGUGUUUGCAGAUUUAAAAGAUGAGUUACCCAGGAUACCCGUCAGCCCCUGGCGGCUACCCACCAGCACCAGGAGGAUACCCACCAGCACCAGGAGGAGGAUACCCACCUGCACCAGGAGGAUACCCACCUGCACCAGGAGGAUACCCACCUGCACCAGGUGGUAAUCCAUGGGGCUCCAAUCCGACCAUGCCCAUUGGACUGGAUUCUUUUGGAAGCAUGUCAACAAGUACCAAUUUAUCCAAUAUGUCAGGAAGGGUUGAGAACUUAGCAGCCAUAAUACGACCACAACUUCCGGAUGCAUUUGGGGCACUUCCCAAUCAGCAGCCAUAUGGAAUGUACCCACAAGGCCAAGGUGGUCAACCUGGUGCUCCAUCAUACAACCCAGGAUAUCCUGCUUCUAACACAGGGUUUUCAGCCUCCGGCCCAACUUCAGGUUAUCCAUCUGGCCCGGCGCCAGGUUAUCCAUCUGGCCCGACUCCAGGUUAUCCAUCAGGCCCGACUCCAGGUUAUCCAUCAGGCCCGACUUCAGGUUAUCCAUCAGGCCCGACUUCAGGUUAUCCAUCUGGCCCAACUCCAGGUUUUGCAUCUGGCCCAACUCCAAGUUAUCCAUCUGGCCAGACUCCAGGUUAUGGAGCUAGUCCAUCACAAGGAUACCCCUCAAACCCCUCUUCAGUUGCAGCACCAGUGAAGCCUGUGAACCGGGGGACUGUAAGAGAAGCUUCAGGGUUUGAUGCCUUGAGAGAUGCUGAGGCCCUCAGGAAAGCUAUGAAAGGCUUUGGCACAAAUGAACAGGCCAUUAUUGAUGUAGUCACUCAUCGUUCAAACAAGCAGAGGCAACAGAUUGUCUUGUCCUUUAAAACAGCCUACGGAAAGGAUUUGAUAAAGGAGCUAAAGUCUGAGUUGUCGGGCAAUUUUGAGAAGGCAGUCCUGGCACUACUGAAGCCUUCUGUACUUUAUGACGCCACUGAACUGAAGGAUGCCAUCAAGGGGGCUGGUACAGACGAGCAAUGUCUAAUUGAGAUCCUGGCAUCCCGUUCCAAUGCGGAAAUCCACGCCAUCAACAGUGCUUACAAAGCAGAGUUUAAAAAGACUCUGGAACAGGACAUCAAGAGUGAUACAUCAGGACACUUUGAAAGGUUGCUGGUCUCCCUUGUCCAGGGUAACCGAGAUGAAACCCAAAAUGUGGACAUAACACUGGUUAAAAAGGAUGCUCAGGAUUUAUAUAAUGCAGGAGAAGGUCGUAUGGGAACUGAUGAGUCAAAGUUUAAUGCCAUCCUGUGUUCAAGGAACAGAGCCCACCUGAAAGCAGUGUUUGAGGAGUAUCGACAGGUUUGUAAAUAUGAUAUUGAAAAGACCAUCAGCCGGGAGAUGUCUGGGAACCUGGAGCGAGGCAUGUUGGCAGUAGUGAAAUGUCUGAGAAAUACCCCGGCCUUUUAUGCUGAAAGACUCUACAAGUCAAUGAAGGGUUUGGGGACAGAUGACAAAACAUUGAUUCGCAUCAUGGUGUCUCGUUGUGAGGUUGAUAUGUUGGACAUCCGGGCCGAGUUCAAGAAGAUGUAUGGACAGUCGCUGUACUCCUUCAUAGCGGGUGACACCUCUGGAGACUACAGGAAACUCCUGCUGCAGCUGUGUGGCUCCAAUGAUUAAGGAGGAAGUGAACAGCUGAGGUGACAGACAAUUUGAUGCAGGUUCUCCGAAGAAACAACGUGCCCCAUCAAUGUGUGAAAGCCUCUCUGUCUUCUUUCUAUGGAUUUAAUUCUAUUUUGUAUUGGCUUGUAAAUGUGUAAUCUGUUUUUAUCAGCAUUUUCAAGUAUGUUCAUUUAGCCAAAGUUUGAAUGAGUACACUUCCACUUCCCAGAACAUUUUAAGACCAUCAGCAGAGUUAUUAAUUCCCCUCUGCCCUGAGUGAGUUUCUCAGUAAGUGAAAAGGCUGUAGCUGUCAAAGUGUGCAGUUGUCUAGGGGAAAAAUGAACUCCACUAAUUGCUUUUAGGGAGGUGAGCAGUCUGUAUGUUUUUUAGAAAUAAUUACUGUAAAGCUGCGUGCUGCUGUUUUCAGGAUAUUCUCGUUGUGCCUUCUUCUUGAGAUUUCUAAUCUGUCUGUUGGCAGGAAAUUCUUUAUUUUCUAACAGUCUUCAAUCAAAAGAUAAUUGACAUGUGUCAAGUAUGCAUGGACUUUUUUUUUGUAUUUAGAAAGCUGCAUUGUUUGCAUAAUUGGAACACCAACCAAGAAUGUUUUUGUUGUUGAGCCAGUGUUGACCUGUUCUUUCCAUCCAGGUCAAAUGGCUUGCUCUCUGCAACAUCCAUUCACCUGCCCAGAAUAGAGAGUUUGCAGCAGGGAUAUGCAGCCUAUAUCUUGCCUGGAAUUAUCCAGGUGCCAAGAGAAUUAAUUUGGUUCGUGUGCCUACUGUUUCUAUUUGGCUUCCUGACCAAAGAAUCUGCCAAUGACCUUUCAUCCUGCUGGUGUUUCUCAGAUCGCAGCAGGAACACCAGGGAUAGGGGAUAAGUGCGUUUAAGUUACCAAACUCUACAGAGCCAGCCAGGUUUAUUGAUGGUGAAGAAAGCUGUCUGAAAGUGUGGACCCUUGAGAGGAGGAAGACAAUGUGCUAAAAAUAUAAAUAAUACAGAAAUAAAUACUAUGCAACUAAUUUAAAA